UUUAGGCAAUUGACCGGUGGAAUUUACGGAGGGUGAUAUCCCGGCAAAUGUCUUAUUUACUCCGGCCCCCUCCGCUCGCCUUGUUCGGGGUGUCGCCGUAUAUAGGCCUACUUGCGGAGUUCAAUAAGAUACGGAAUAAUUAAAGGUUAGGCAGUAAAUAGUAUACGAGACGCGUCUAUCGUUAACCGGGAUCUGUGAGUUAUCGUUUCAUCGUGACGCAGGCCUCGGUCUAGAUCGUGUCGUCUGAGUAGCGGAAUUAAAUGCCCAGCUAUUUUUUAUAAUCACCGGUGGGUACAAUUUAUGCCGUGUUAAUAGAUGACCUAGGCACCUAGGUUGUUAAUAUCGUAUUGAUAUAUAGAUACGGUUGGCAAUCCUCGUUUAAACGACGUUCGCCGCAGUACGAGUUUCCAUCAACAACUUAUCGCGUUUAGAGACACCAUAUCAGUCUCCCUCGUGAUAUUUUGACUAUGGGUUUCCGCGGGGUUUGGUGGCUGCUGGCUCUAACUGCCACAGCUGCACCGACAGCUCCUACCACUAUUCAUCUAUGCGGCGAUUCGACAAUGGCAAAGGGAGGCGGUGGCUCGGGAAUCCCCACCGAGGGUUGGGGCGAGUACCUUCAGUACAGCUUCGGUUCCGAUUAUGUCGUGCGCAACUCUGCGAUCGGUGGGAGGAGUGCAAGGUCGUUUACCCGUGAAGGCCGCUUCACGGAAGUGGCCAACAUCGUAAAGCCUGGUGAUUGGGUCGUUAUCGAAUUCGGGCACAACGACGGCGGCAGUCUAAGUACUGACAACGGCAGAACCGACUGCCCAGGAGAUGGUGAUCAGACCUGCCAAACGACGUAUAAUGGCGUUCAGGAGACAGUACUGACGUAUCCGGCUUACUAUAAAAACGCUGCGAGGUUAUUCCUUGACAAGGGGGCAAAGGUUAUCUUAAACUCCCCUACCCCAAACAACAUUUGCGAGACUGGCACGUGUGUUAGCGAGACGUCUAGAUUCGAUUAUUACGCUUGGCAUGCAGCUGCCGAACUAGCAAGCCCAGAUGUUUAUCAUGUUCCACAUAAGCAGUAUGCAAUUCAAGCUAUGAUUAAUUUGGGCCCGACUACUGUCAACGCCAAUUAUCCAAAGGAUCAUACGCAUACAGGAGCGUAUAUGGCUGACGUGAUGGCUGGGAGCUUCGUGCUGGGUCUCAAGUGUGGAACAACUGCAUUGGGUGCAGCUGUCAAGAAUUCAACCGAGUCUCUAACGAAAACCUUCUACGGGGCUUGCAUACCUCAGAAUAGCACCGUACCUAUUUAGAAUAGCUUACCCAAUAUUUGAAAGAGGUUGUGCGAAAGGCUAACGUGUAAAGUAGUCAAAAUUUAUGGGCCAUAUGUGUUUUCUCGUCG